GACACCAUGUGUCAAUAGUUUUUAGUUUAGUUUAGAAGGGAGUCAGGAACUCCCCAUUUGAAAAUCCCAUAAAAUAUUACUCUCAAAAUGUAAAAAGCAUCCCUUUACCUGAAGCCAGCCUCCUAGGCCUGCCCAAGUAGCAGAUCUGUCCUAUCCCUAAUCUCAAAGUACCUGCCCAAGGACAUAGCUAGUAGGGUUGGCUGAGGGUGAGGGUGAGUGGGUGGGGUGUCUUAAGCUCUUGUGUGUUUUUUGUUUGUUUUUUUUUUUUUUUUUUGGUUCUUUUUUUCGGAGCUGGGGACCGAACCCAGGGCCUUGCCCUUCCUAGGCAAGCGCUCUACCACUGAGCUAAAUCCCCAACCCCAGCUCUUGUGUUUUAAACCCUGAGGACUCUAGGCCACACCCGUGGGCUUUUCUGACUCUGACCUGGACAGUACUGUAAACGAUUUUUUUUUUUUUUUGGUUCUUUUUUUCGGAGCUGGGGACCGAACCCAGGGCCUUGCCCUUCCUAGGCAAGCGCUCUACCACUGAGCUAAAUCCCCAACCCCAGCUCUUGUGUUUUAAACCCUGAGGACUCUAGGCCACACCCGUGGGCUUUUCUGACUCUGACCUGGACAGUACUGUAAACGAUUUUUUUUUUUUUUUUGGUUCUUUUUUUCGGAGCUGGGGACCGAACCCAGGGCCUUGCGCUUCCUAGGUAAGCGCUCUACCACUGAGCUAAAUCCCCAGCCCCUGUAAACGAUUUUUUACUGAACGCCAACUUCAGUCCUUGUACCUGGAUACUGGCAACCUCAUAUGCGAGCUAGCUAGCUACUUGGAAUAGUGGAGACAGAGAAUGAGAGGAGAAUGUCUCAAGUUUCAGUUCUGGGUUUUUGAAUAGGUCUUUCUCCCAUACUCACCUAACAUCUGUCUCUUGUCAGAAACAAAUUCAUGUCGAUUUUUGCAACGAUGUAGAAAGGAUUGGGGGGGGGGGUGUUGUGCAUUUCUUAAAGUCUCCUUCAGCCCUCAAGCAAAUGCUACCUCCUUCCAAUGUAUCUUCCUAGGGGCCAUGGAUAUAGUCUCUGUUUGCUUAGGUGUGUGAACAGGCCCUGGUUUCUCUGGGUCCAAUUCCCAGAACCAAGGAAGCAGAGGAUUCGGGAAGAACAAAAGUAUCUUUCUAGAUUCUGAUUUGGUUUGGGGAGAGGUAAAAGAAUCCAUUUAUUCUUUGUAUAGCACUCACCACUUCAGACUGUAGCAGUGACCUCGGCACACAGCUGAUCCUGCUUUAAUUCAACUGGAAUCCCCAGGGAGCAGUCCUUUACCUUGAAAAGUGGGACCCCCAAUACAAAUUCCUGCUGUGAAACUUCGAGGGAUGAUGAAUAUGGGCUUUAAGGUGGUUGGGGAAAAUUCAUCAAUAAUUGGUUCCUUCCCUCCUCCGGCUCUGCUUCUAUAGAUCCGGGAAGCCUAGCCAGGGUGCUCUGAACCCCACGGCACUGAGCACAUGUAUUUAAAGUGUUAGUUUAAUUACCGACUUUCUCCUCCUAGUCUGUAGGAUUGAGUGGACUCCCUGGAGCAUUGCACCGUGUAGGUGCUAAAUAAAUAUACAUUGAGCCGAGAGAUGGGUAGAUGUGUGGAUGAAUGUGCUAGUGCCGGCACGCCUCGCCUCCCCCUUCAGCCUGUGGGUUAAUGGUGGUUAGUCUGGCCAGGAUCCGGAGCAGCCACGUCAGGGUCGCUUCCCUCGGGCCCCGCCCCGGCCGACCCCACCUUGUCGCACAGCUCCACCCCGCCGCCCCCUUCCCGGCGGCCCCUCCCCGCGCAGGUCCUGACUCCAGCCGCACCUCCUCCGGCUCUGCAGUGGCGGCAAGAAGACGAGCCGGAGCGCCUGCGGGGUCCGGCCUGAGCAGAGCCGGGGUCGGGGCAGCCGCGAGGACCCCCUUGGAGGCGGGGCCUGUGGGACCGCGAUGGGCGUGGAGAUCGAGACCAUCUCCCCGGGAGACGGGAUGCUCCAGAAUGGCAAGAAAUUCGAUUCGUCCAGAGACAGAAACAAACCCUUCAAGUUCAGAAUUGGCAAGCAGGAAGUCAUCAAAGGUUUUGAAGAAGGCGCUGCCCAGGCUUCCUUGGAGAGCUGGGGAAGUGAGAGAUGCCUCAGGAGCCCUGACCCGCAGGCAGCAGGUGGCCAAGGUGAAUGUGUAUAGCUGUCAGCCCACUUUCAAUGGUCUGGAAUACAAAGUAGACAGACCCCUUGUGCAACCAUGGGAUGAGGUUUGGGACUGUGGGCUGACUCUUCACCUGCAAAAGUCCCUGCAUAGGCAGAGUACGGAUCAUACAGUAGGUGAAGUAUUUUCCUAUAGCAAAACACUGGCUCAGAUGGACAAUCAAAAAUAUGUAAAAGUCUAACUUCAAAAUUGUACUUUUGGAGCUGGGAGGUAUAGCUUUAAUCGUGGCACUCGGGAAGCAGAUGCAAGGGGAUCUCUGAGUUCAAAGCUAGCCUGAGCUACAGAGUGAGUUCUAGGACUAUUACACAAAGAAACCCUGUUUCGAGAACGAACGAACAAAAAAAAUCGAAUCUCUGGGCAUGGUAGUGGACACCUUUAAUCCCAGUGCUUGGGAGACAGAAGCAGGUGGAUCUCUGUGAAUUCAAAGCCAGUCUAGUCUACAUAGUGAACUAUGCAGAAACUCUGUCUCAAAUAUAGCACUCCUGCCCCCUAACAGGGACAGGGAGUCAGCGUCAUUUGCUAUGGAAACAUAGUGAGACUCUGUCUCAAACAAAAUUGUAACUCCUAUCCCUACUCCUCCAAUCUAGACCCAGCUCAGAGGUAGAGAAAGACAGAGUGGUGGGUGUGGCUAAAAAGUCCAGUGCCAAUAACUCAGGAGAUGUUUGUUUCAGACACUCUAUGGGGGUCUACACUGCCCUUGCCUUGAACUUGUAAUCUUCCUGCCUCAGUCUCCAGGGCAUUCCAUGUCCUGUUUGAGGAGGGAUUUUUAUGUUUUCUUCUCUUGGUAUAGCAUUAAUGACUAUUAACAGCUUAAUCAUUUUCAGGAUUGUAUUAGGGAUGCAAGUUGAGAACUGUUCAAAGAGGGGGCGGAGAAGUUUGCAUUCCUUAAGGGCAAAGGUAAGUUUUUUUCUUUUCUUCCAGACAAGAUCUCCACAUGCAGCCUAGGUUGGCUACAAACUCAUUCUACCCAUGUUAGCCUCCCAAGUACUGAAAUUCUAGGCAGAGACCACCCUACCAAGCUCAAAAGUGGUAAUGUGUUUUAUUACCAUCGUGCCUUCCAACAUACAGCAUCUGCUAAGAUUCAUUUUAAAGCUAGAGAUCUAUUCGCUCCCAUUUAAAAACAUCAUCACCAUCACCACCACCACCACCACCAUUAUCACCACCACCACCAUCAUCAUGAUCACCACCACCAUUAUCACCACCACCACCACCAUCACCACCACCACCAUCACCACCACCACCAUCAUCAUGAUCACCACCACCAUUAUCACCACCACCACCACCAUUAUCACCACCACCACCACCACCACCAUGAUCACCACCACCAUCAUUAUCACCACCACCACCACCAUCAUCAGUGUGUACGAUAUGCACUGGGUACAUGUGCCACAGUAUGGGCGUGGAGGUCAGAGAAUGUCUUGAAUCACUGUCUUGCCACUUUGGGUUCCCAGCAGGAGCCUUUUACCUGUUUGAGACAGAUCACCCUUUCUCCCAUUAAUUUGCUCACACAUUCAUCCUCUAUGAAGUUCUUUCCUAUUCCUUCUUAAGAACUGCAAUAGGGACAAAGCCUAAUCCCAUUCUUUUUUUUUUUAAAUUUCUAGGGAUUAAACUGGAGUUCUUUCACAUACGAGGCAAGUGUUCUACUGCUGAACUAUAUAUAACCAGCCCUUAUCCUGACUUUAUACAUUCUCCAUUUCAGGGGUCCUAGCUCUCACUUCAACCUCACACCUUGAACUCUACACUAUAAUCUGAAUUUUAAAAGCAUGUAUUUGGAAUGUGUCAUGUACUGCGCACUGAGCGUAACGUUUUCCUGACUGGUAGUAAACAGGAAUUAAAAACCUCAUUCACAA